UACGGGUCAUGUGACACUCUACUGUCGGAUCACUUGCUCUUCAACCUUCCUUCCAGUCUAUGCCAUCUGCGUCCUCCUCCGCUGUAGCAUCGGCUUCGACAUCACCUGUGUAGAUAAUUAUGUAUGAAGAACACAAGGUCUCUGAUACACCAUCUGGAGCUGCUGCAGUACUGCGACUGCCAUCCAUCUUCACCCCCAUGUUUUGAAGGACGUCAUCUCGAGAAGCGAGCUUGUCAAUCUCAGGCAAAGUACCCCAUCACACCUUUCACAGUGGAAGUAGCCAUAUUCCAAUUUAUCUUUCAGUCUCAAACAAUCUAUAUUUGACAUGACCACUAUGAGAAACUAGAUUAUGCACAAGGAUCACUUAGUUACAAAUAAAUAAGCCGCAUUGUUACUAUACUGAUUGGACACACACUUCAGAGUUCAGACCAGAAACGAUGAAAAAUGAAAAUAAAAAAAAAUAUUUUGCUUUCAUUGAGAGUUGAACUCAAGACCUCCCGCUUACUAAACGGGUGCUCUAACCAACUGAGCUAUGAAAGCUUUGUUGAUGCAUUGCUGUUCGUCCACUAUUUGUGGUACAAUUCUGGGCUGGUCAGACCAGUUGGCUUGAACACUAACAACAACAAUCUUCCAAAAAUGUCUGCAAAUCCGACGAAAACAUGACCUUUCUCUUAUCUGGGAUCAUCACUGGAAUCCCACCAUUCCCAAAAAAUCGAAUUGCAUUUUUCAAUACAAAGCAAGCUAUUUUACUAAAAGCAAAAAGCCUGGCUUUCAAGGAUUUUGCUGGUUCUCUAUACCAACAACAGGCAACAGUUUUCGUUCCUUGUGUUUUCCGACGUUUCCUGCAAAUGGGACCCCGAAAGGAAGAACCUUUUUGCACAGUAAUGGCGGAUGUGAGAUGGGUUCAUGUACCCACCUCCUUUCCAUUAGAGGAAUCAGCAGAGAGAGAGAAAGAUUGUGUUUGGAUGCAGACACAACUGCAGAAUGUUUUCGCUGUGGCAAUGGCAUCCAAUUCUCAAAGGGUUUGAAGCAAGGCGGAUUACUUUCAAUGAAUUGUCAUUAUUUAUUUUCAAAAGAAAAAAAGAGAAAGCAAGGCAGUGAAAGUGUUAAAUUACAGAAUAUAAUCCUUCCUUCUUUUGUUGGAGUUCUUGCUAUUAUUCCUUUCUUGCGGGAUUUCUCUCUAUUCAAUUCCUGUUUUCUUAUUCUUUCCUUUCUAACAAGUCUGGAUUUUGUAGUUAAUCUUAAUUAAUUUCUAUUUUCUUAAGGUUUGACAUUAGUAAUUAAUUGCAGAUUAGUCAGUUAAUAGCCAAAGGUUAUGUAUUUAGGUGACAAUUACCCUUGAAAUCUUCCACCAGAAAAAACUUGAUUCUGAUUUUUUAAUUUUACUUUGACAGCUCUACUGGGCUACCACAUUGCUUCCCCAGCUUGUUUUGAGUGUUUCUUUUCUCCUGCUGGGCUGCUACUGCUAGUAUUAUUUAAGGCUUCAAUGUAGUGAGUAUCAAGCAAGACACUUCAGUUGAUUCCUAGUAGUUAGCAUGGCUGAGAAGUGAGUAGUAUCAUAUCAGUAGUAGUAGACCAACAGGAAAACAAAGCAGACCUUCCGCUUCGAGUCCACGGAAAAUCCUCCAGAAGCUUUGAAAUUGCUCAUUUUCAGUGGCCUGCAAAAAAAAGGGAGCAAGUUGAAGAAAGCUAGCUGGGAUAUGACUUCCUCCAUCAAUCCUAUUCCUAUCUCUGUCAGGAAGCUAUGGGAAGGGUGGAAUCUACGGGGCUUUAUCAUCUUAAGCCUAACAUUGCAGACCAUGUUAAUUCUUUGUGCACCCUUCAGAAAGCGAACACCCAACUUGUUUUUAAUCUUCCUGGUCUGGUCAUCUUACUUGCUCGCUGACUGGGCUGCUAGCUUUGCAGUCGGGUUAAUCUCAAACAGCCAAGGUGACGCUAAAGGUUCAGGAGAUAACAACGAGGAUCUCUUGGCAUUUUGGGCUCCAUUUCUUCUGUUACACCUUGGAGGUCCGGACACCAUUACUGCAUUUGCUCUUGAAGAUAACACGCUGUGGCUAAGGCAUUUUCUUGGCCUUGUAUUCCAAGUUAUAGCUGCAGUGUAUGUCUUCAUUCAAUCGUUUCCCACCAACAAGCUCUGGCCCCCUACACUCCUCCUGUUUCUUGCAGGAACCAUUAAGUAUGCUGAGCGCACACGUGCUUUGUAUUGUGCAAGCUUGGAUAAUUUCAAGGAAUCCUUGAUUAAAAAGCCUGAUCCUGGACCAAAUUAUGCAAAGCUAAUGGAGGAGUACUCUUCAAAAAAAGAUGCCAAACUUCCAACUCGUAUAGAACUCACAGCAGAACGAAGCAAAGAAUCCAGGACGGUAACAUAUGUUGCAGAAGAAGGUGAUAUGCGGGAUAAUUUUGCAGUGGUGCGCCAUGCUUAUCACUUCUAUGAAAUCUUCAGGGGUCUUAUUGUGGAUCUCAUUUUUAGUUUCCAUGAAGGCUUCGAGAGUCGUGCAUUUUUCCAUGACAGAUCCGCAGAAGAAACUUUUAGAUUGAUUGCAAUUGAGCUCAACUUUAUGUAUGAAGCUCUCUUCACCAAGGCUGUUGUGGUGCAUUCUAAGCUAGGAUGCCUUUUCCGGGCUAUAUCCUUCACUGCGGUUUUCAUAGCCCUUGUUUUCUUCUAUAAACUAGAGAAAAAGGCUUUCCACAAGGUCGAUGUUGGAAUCACCUAUACCCUGCUUUAUGGUGCCCUAUGCCUGGAUUCAAUAGCCAUUUUCUUGGUUAUUUUCUCUGAGUGGACUGUCACUGCUAUGCACAAGUCUUGGCAAAAAUCUUGGGUUGCCAAGAUACUUGGAAAGUACCUCAGUUUGAAGAAACCAAGGCGGUCUACAGAGUCAACAACUUGCUUGGAGUGGUGUAGACAAAUUCUAUUUCGAAGGUGGUGCGAAUCCAUCUCUUCAUUCAACUUCAUUCACUACUCCCUCAAGGAGCAUCGGAAACUGUCCUCUAACAUUUUUGACUACUUUGGCAUUGGUUACAUUGCAAUCAUCGACCUCUUUGGCCUCAAGGAUCUUCGAGAUAAGAUGAAAUAUCGGACAAGUAGGCCACUGACUGAAGGGUUAUGGGAAUUCAUUUUUAAAGAGUUGAAAGCUAAAUCUGUGCUCGCGGAUGAUCCCGAAACUGCCAAGAGAAUAUCUACAGCCAGAGGUGAUUGGAUUCUCCAGGAUAGCGAGUGGAAUGACACCCAACAUGCUACCUUGCUGUCUUACGUGGUUGAUGUUGAUUAUGACCAGAGCAUCCUACUGUGGCACAUUGCCACUGAAUUAUGCUAUAACUGUGAGGAGAAAGAAACUUCUCACUCCGAAUCCAGUAAGAAUGAAACUUCUCGCCAUGAAUCCAGUAAGAAUGAAACUUCUCGCCACGAAUCCAGUAAGAAUGAAACUUCUCGCCGCGAAUCCAGUAAGAAUGAACCUUCUCGCCGUGAAAUCAGUAAGACCCUGUCGGAUUAUAUGUUGUAUCUCUUAGUUAUGCAGCCUAGUUUGACGUCUUCUGUAGCAGGAAUCGGACAAAUAAGAUUCCGGGACACGUGCGCAGAAGCAAAGAAAUUCUUUAGCAGAAGGGAGCUGAGGAAAGGAGGGGAACAGUUUGAAGAGCUAGUUGCCUGCAAGAGUAUGUUGGAGGUAAACACAGAUGUUAAACCUGCUGAUGUCAAAGGGGAUAGAAGUAAAUCAGUGUUGUUUGAUGCGUGUAUUUUAGCGAAGGGGUUGAUUAAGAUGGAGGAUAAGAAAUGGGAUCUGAUGAGUCGAGUAUGGGUGGAAUUGCUCUCGUAUGCCGCAUGUCAUUGCAGAGCGAAGGAUCAUGCGCAAUUGCUGAGUAAAGGAGGAGAGCUUGUCACUUUUGUUUGGUUACUCAUGGCUCAUUUCGGCAUAGGGGAGCAGUUCCAGAUAAACGAGGGUCAUGCUAGAGCAAAACUCAUUGUCGGAAAGUAAACCGGAUGAAUUGAAUAAACCUGGUAGAAUUUCGGCACGAGACAUCUGUUUGUUAUUGUAUCCUUGUUUCGUUUGUUGCAGCUGCUAGCUAGAGUAUGAUUCCAUAACCAAAUUAUAUGCUUAUGUCUCAAAAGUGUAGUUUUAUUGCAUCGAGUCUGAAUAGCUCAUUCUGUAACUAGAUACUCUUACUCUUACUUUGUAAGAUAUCAAAAUAGUUAAAUAAAGGAGAACUCUAACUCGCCACAACUUAUAUCCAAA